CCCAAAAAAAAAAAAAAUGCAACGAGAAAAAAGAGAGCAAAACGCAGGUGAGAAAGCUGCUCAGGUGAAGUCGAGCUAUCACAAUACGUAGUCAAAAAUCAAUCAAACAAAUUAACAGUCUAAGAAAGAAGCUUCCUUCUGCUCUUCCUCGAUUAAAUUCCUUCGUCUUUUCAAAAUCUCUCCAAUUCUUCUACAGAAAACCCCAGAAUUAAAGUAAAAAUGCAAAUCAGAUCUCGAAAACCAUAGCAACCAAUCAACUCAUCGGAGAAGGAUUACAACCAGUAUCAGAUCCAAGCCAUAUAAUAAAAAAUGGCGAGAAUAUUUGAGUACUUCGUGGUGUGCGGGCUUGGCCCCGAGAUUCGUACACUAGACGGGACGAAAGGGUACCACGGAACCGAGUACAUGUAUUUGCCAUCUCUGCUUGACCAGUAUCCGCCUCCCAAUCAUUCCCUCUAUCCACCUCCUCCUCCUCAGCUCCCCACCUGCGUCUUGCCUGCUGGCGUGGAGUUUUAUUCAUCAGGGUUUGAUUCUAACGAUCCCUCGACUUACCCGCGGAGCUAUCCCAUUGUUUUGACCGAGGGAGAUGGGUCAAAAAUUUAUGUCAGUUGCAUCGCAUUUAGGGAUCCAGUUAGUGAGGAUAUUGCGGAAGCUUAUCGUAUACCCACAAACUCAUUUGCUGACAAAUGUAUCUGUCUUGUUUCACGCUCACCUUGUUUUCGUGUUCUUCGGGAUGCACUAGAAGAGCUAUUUGCACUUUGCUUUUCCCCUAUUGGUAGUAGCAAGCCAUUGUGGGAUAUUAUUGCAUAUAUGGUCUCCAAAGUACCGUUGCCUACACCUGGGAAAGAUCGGGUCUUGUUUGCUAUUGACAGUUGCUUGCUUUCUGUGGAGGCUCCCCCGAAAGAUGGUCUACCUCAUGCAGAUAUAUCAUUUCAGCCUUUGGUACAGUGCUUGGAUGUUGACAACUUGAUUAAAUUUUUUACAGCUGUGUUACUUGAAAGGAGGAUUUUGCUUCGAUCUAACAAGUAUUCACUUUUAACUCUAGUCUCAGAGGCCAUAUGCCAUUUGAUUUAUCCAUUUCGGUGGCAGCAUGUCUACAUUCCAUUACUGUUUUUCAGUGGAGUAGACUACAUUGACGCUCCUACACCAUACAUGAUGGGUCUCCAUUCAGGUGUUGAUACAUCAAAUCUUGUUAUGGAUGGUGUAGUUGUUGUGGAUCUUGAGUUUAACCAAAUCACCACGACAGAAGAAAUACCACCAAUUCCCGACCCAGAAUUAAGUUUGUUGCGUGGUGAAAUACUGAAAUUGUUGUAUCCAAAUGUGGUGGGUAUAGAUCAGAUGAAGGCUGAUUUAUGUGGUUCAUCAGAUCAAAAUUUUAAAAUCAGCAACAAGCCUUGGGGAGAGGAUCAUGACCUUCAGCUUAGGUUCAUAUUCCUAAAGUUCUUUGCUUCAAUCUUAGGUGGCUACCGCAAUUUCAUAGAAAACAAUGCCACUCAGGCCUUCAACACUCAGGCAUUUUUGAAGAAGCGGUCUCGGUCAACCAAUCAGCCACCAGAGCCUGUGAUAGCACAAUUUCUAGAUUCUCACGGUUUCUUGGAUUAUCUGGAGAGAGGUAUAGGUUCAGAUGAGAACAAUAAUAACCUUCUUGACAAAUUACAAGAUGCCAUAGGAAGAGGUCAAAAUCCUCUUUCGAUUAUUUCUUCCACAAUGGUGGAGCCUGAAAUCAUAACAAUAUCAGAUCCAGAUGUUGGAGUAUCAGGAUCAGGUGCCAAGUAUAGCUAUGACAGGUUCCCUUCAACUGUUAGAACAGAAGAGGAAGAAGAAAAGAGAAAGCAGAUUCUUGCUGCAGCGAAUGGGGCUUUUGAAUAUUCAGGAAGGCAAACUCCAAGUUCACCUUCUGUAAGUUCAUUGGAGAGAGCUGCAGAAAGAGAGCGCAUGGUUUUGGACAUUAAAGUUAAGUUGCAGGGAUUAUGGCUACGUCUUUUGAAAUUGGGAGCAACAGAGGAUCCGCUUUCAUCAUUUGAAUAUGGCACAAUUCUGGCUUUGAUUGAGUCUGAUGCAGAGGGAAUUGGUGGUAGUGGUUUUGUUGAGUGCAUAAGGGAGCACAUAAAUUCAGGAUGGCAUGGUCAGUUGACUGAAGAACAGUUUAUAGCAGUGAAAGAAUUGCUCAAAACAGCAAUCAGUCGAGCAACUUCUCGAAAUGAUGUUUCGACUAUUAGAGAUGCCCUGGAAGUGUCUGCUGAGAUGUAUAAGAAAGAUGCCAAUAAUGUUCCAGACUAUGUCCAGCGUCAUCUUAUUUCUCUGUCUAUAUGGGAGGAGUUACGGUUUUGGGAAGGAUACUUUGACUAUCUUAUGGAGCAGUCUUCAAACAAAUCUGCCAAUUAUGCAACUAUGGUGACAGCACAGCUAAUUGUAUUGGCUUCGCACAUGGCGGGCCUGGGACUUGCUGAUAAUGAUGGCUGGUACAUGAUUGAAACUAUAGCAGAGAGAUACAAUAUUGGAUAUAAGUUGCUCAUAAAACUUAGAGGACUUUUGUCACAUAUCCAGCAACUUCGUAUCAAUUACUGGGGCAUCUCAUCUGUGAAGUCACAAUCACUAUUGCCUCCUGGAUUGUCAUCCCCGCGCCCAAAGGAUGCCGCAGAUGAGAAUCAACAACCUGCAGAGGCUUCUGGUGUUGGAAGGAGCUGGGUGCAGAGCAUGUUCAGCAGGGAUACAGCAUCAAGAGCAAACUCUUUUAGUCGUGUUCGUAAAUCUACUUCUGAUGGUGGGGCUUCAGAGAAUGGGAAUCCGAGCAAACAAGAUUUGUCUGCUGCUGGGCAGAAGAAAAUGCAAACCAAUGUUCGCAUAUUGAGGGGUCAUACUGGUGCUGUUACUGCUUUGCAUUGUGUAACAAGAAGAGAGGUGUGGGAUCUGGUGGGUGAUCGUGAAGAUGCAGGUUUCUUUAUUAGUGGGAGCACUGACUGUUCGGUUAAAAUUUGGGAUCCUAGUCUUCGCGGUUCUGAACUUCGCACAACCUUGAAAGGACAUACAAGAACCAUCCGUGCCAUUAGUUCUGACAGAGGAAAAGUUGUAUCUGGUUCUGACGAUCAGUCUGUUAUUGUAUGGGACAAGCAAACAUCCCAGUUACUAGAGGAGCUAAAGGGUCAUGAUGCACAGGUCAGCUGUGUGCAGAUGCUGUCAGGUGAACGUGUCCUAACAUCUGCUCAUGAUGGAACUGUGAAGAUGUGGGAUGUCCGAACUGAUACUUGUGUGGCAACAGUUGGUCGCUGUUCUAGUGCAGUUUUAUGCAUGGAGUAUGAUGACUCCACUGGCAUCUUGGCUGCUGCUGGCAGAGAUGCGGUAGCAAACAUCUGGGACAUCCGUGCUGGUAGGCAGAUGCACAAGCUUCUAGGGCAUACAAAGUGGAUACGGUCAAUUAGAAUGGAUGGGGACACUAUGGUCACGGGUAGUGAUGAUUGGACUGCUAGAGUUUGGUCUGUUUCCCGGGGAACAUGUGAUGCUGUUCUUGCCUGUCAUGCUGGCCCACUGCUUUGUGUCGAAUAUUCAGCAUCAGACAAAGGAAUAAUAACUGGUUCGGCGGAUGGGCUGCUCCGAUUUUGGGAAAAUGAGGAGGGGGGUAUAAAAUGCGUGAAGAAUGUAACUAUUCAUAGUGCUGCUAUCUUAUCUAUAAAUGCUGGAGACCACUGGCUAGGAAUUGGAGCAGCUGACAAUUCUAUGUCUCUCUUCCAUCGGCCUCAAGAGAGACUUGGUAGCUUCUCUAACACUGGAUCAAAAAUGUCUGGGUGGCAACUUUAUCGGACCCCACAAAAGACCAGUGCUGUGGUGAGAUGUGUGGCUUCAGACCUGGAAAGGAAAAGGAUAUGCAGUGGCGGCCGUAAUGGAAUUCUUAGGCUUUGGGAAGCGACGAUCAACAUCUAAGUUUCUUCCCAUAUUUGUGUGUUUGUGACUGCCUGAUUGUUAGAGGUAAUGAAAGCAGAGGCUGUGAUGGCCACGGUCAAACCUUUUGCAAGAAAAGUUUUCUUGGCUGAUCUUCCGGCUUGUACCUGUGUUCAUUUGUAAUCAUAUCAUGUAUGAGUUUUUUUUAUUGAUCCUUGUUUGGUCUCUGGGCGGCUGUCUUGAUUUGUUUGGUUCGUCAAUGCAUGCCAAAGGUGUCUGUACUUCCAACAGUUUUGUACAUAAAUUCCUGCUAGAAAAAUUUUUGUUUGAUGUUUAUUAUA